AUGCGCCGCUACGAGAUUCGCAGUACAAUCCUUUACAACGUUCAAGUUCCCAAACUCGCCAUUGGAUCUGCAUCCUGUGUAGAACAGGCUUCUGCUAAGACCGUUGCAAGAAUGGCCCUGGCAGGGUCCCCGGCGUACACAAGUACCGUCCCGCCAUCAGGGUCAGUUUCUGGUACCAUAGUCGUUGGUGUGACUGCGCCAGGCCUUUUCACAACAACGGUGCCUGGAACCGCUAGCACUCCAUAUACUGUCACCGGUAGUCCUAGUACUGUUGGGGGAAGUACCCCGGUCUCGGUCUAUACACCUACCAGCGCGCCUGGAACAUUCACCACAACAAUCACUAGCUCUGUCAGAACACCUUAUACCAUCACUGGUACGCCCACCGAGUCAGGUGGACAGACGCCAGUGACUGUUGUUGAGACUCCUGGCGCGACAGCCCCACUUCCUUGUGAUGCUGGAGGAUACUUGAUACAGGAAAGGACCCUCUACCGGCUGAAUCUUACCACUGGUGUUCAAACUCUGAUUUCUAAUUCGGUAGGACCCUUAACAGGCACGAUAAAUUCGAUGGGAUAUAACGUUCUUGACAACUACCUGUACGCCAUACAAAACUCGACGACGAUUCUUCGCAUUGACUCUACCGGAGCUUCUACAGUUAUUGCUAAGAUUGCGGCGCCUGUCAACUCAAACGGAAACGUCUGGACUUCGGGAGACAUAGACACAAAUGGUCAAUUCUGGAUCAACAGCUUUGGUACCAAUUGGGCACAAAUCGAUCUACGUCCCGGCUCAGCGACAUAUGGUCAAGUCGUUGCAAGCGGUACUUCGGCUUUCAGAGGCGGCCCGGUUCUAGGACCAAUUGAUUGGUCGUACUUGCCUGGCCAAGGUAAUUACCUUUUUGGUAUCUCAAAGGGUAGCAACGCUACGCUCGUCAGAUGGAGCAUGGCAGACCAUACGUGGACUUACCUACAGACCUAUGGAGAUAUCGACGGAAAUGGUAAUCAAUUCGGUGCGCUCUAUGCAUCUUCCGGGAAUGUCUUGUACGGUACCUCCAACAACGGGGGAGCUGUUUACAGCUUUCCUAUUCCAUCAGGAACCCCCAGUCGCGUCACAAAUGCAGCCGUCUCCGGAAACAACGACGGCGCUAGGUGCAUCUACGCAGCGGAUCCCAUUAUUCCUGCAACAGGAUACGUAUCUUCCACCACGACAUUGACUCCUGGUCAACCCGGCUUUACUAGUACGAUAUCUCCUUCUGGAACCGUCUCGGGUACCGUGAUCGUCGGGACCCCAAGUGCUGAGACUGGAUAUGUCUCUUCAACCACAACAUUGGAGCCCGGUCAGCCCGCGUUUACUAGUACAAUUCCUCCGUCUGGCACCGUCUCUGGUACCGUGGUUAUCGGCACCCCCUUGUCAAGUACAGUUUAUACAACUGUAACAACUGUCGGGACAGCCAGUGAGACAUAUACGAUCACUGGUACACCGACAUCCUCAGGUGAUCCAGUACCCGUGACCAUCUACACGCCUCCUGUCGUCACUGCUUAUUCUACGACUACAACUCCCUAUGGGGGAUCUACCCUUUCAACAUCAACAGGUACGCCAACCGAAGCCGGAGGCACAGUGCCCGUGACAGUGUUCACGCCUCCUCCAUCUGGUGCCUGCUACUUCGCGCCCGGGACAUGCGAUACUGGAAAUCUUCGCCUUCGAUACUACUCCAAUCCACUCAACGGUGCAGACAGUUUCGGGGCUCCUGAAGGCACUUUAGGUCCCGAUUACUAUCUUGGCACGAUCCCAAGGGGCUCUGGAAGUAUUGAUACGCUCAGUCUGGCUGCUGUUUACCCACCUCAAGGACAAGAUGCUAUUCAGGUAAAUGGUCGAAACUAUUAUGAGAAUUACCAGCAAAACAUAGGUGGCAUAAGUGUUGAUCCUAACAACUUCACCCUGGUAUCCACUGGUUAUUUUGUCCCGCAAACUUCUGGCAGCUACCAAUUCUGCGACCGCUAUGCCGAUAACAGAGACGACUUCUAUGUCGGCAGUUCGUCAGCGUUCCCAUGCGGUGAUUCUUCGGAUGCGUCAACACCCAGGAAUGCGGCCUACACCAUAGAGUAUUGGUUUGGUACUGGCACCGGGAAAGUCACAUGUGUGAACAUCACGAUGGUGGCAGGCUUUAGCUAUCCUCUAAGGAAUGUGUUCGGUAAUAAUGGAGUGCCCUUUGAGAGCCAGUUCACAGCCUCGGGCCCGGGCUUGGGCACCAACGUGACGGAUCUGACUGGCUUUAUCGCACCCGAUUCCUGUUAA